AUAAGGUACUUGUCUCUUCAAAACUCUCCAUUCUUUUAGUUUCCAUUUCACCUUCACAAAAAAAUUCAACUCUUUUCACCAUAUAUAACUAACACCCUUCCCUUCUACAUAAGCACAAUAGAAACAAAAACCCUAAUCCCUAUUUCCCAACUGUCUGAUCCGUGUUCGUUUAGAUCUGAUUAUUCUGUUUCAGAAAAGAUCCGAUAUAGUUUUAUACGGAUACUAACCACAUGGCAGAUAGAGUAUACCCAGCUGCUAAACCCGCCGCCACCAACGGCACCGCCGCUCCCACCGCCGCCGUCAACGGCGGCGCUAACGGCGGUGCUAAUCCAGCUUUUCCGGCGAAUAAAGCUCAACUUUACAACGCUACUCGCCCUACUUACCGUCCUAUGCCGCCGCCUCGACGGAAACAUCGCCGGAGCUGCUGUUGUUGCUGUUGUCUCUUAACUACUUUUUUCAUAGUCAUAAUUUUACUUCUUGCAGCAAUUGCUGGUGCAGUUUUCUGGGUACUUUAUCGUCCAAAAGCACCGUCGUUUAAUGUUCAAUCACUUCAAGUCAGUCAAUUCAACCUUACUUCCACAAAAUUCGUAUCUAAAUUCAAUCUCACUGUUACAGCUCAUAACCCUAACAAGAAAAUCUCUUUCUUCUACGAUCCGAUUAAUAUUAAUUUCAGUUCUGAUGACGUGGAUAUUGGUGAUGGAUCAUUACCAGCUUUUACACAUGAUACAAAAAGUGACAAGACUUUGAAAGCUGACGUGUCAAGUUCAGGGAAAAAGCUAGAAGAUUCUGAGAUUUCGAGUUUGAGAUCUAAAUUGAAGAAUAAAAAUACUUUGCCACUGGAGAUUAAGCUUGAUACUAAAGUUAAGGUUAAAGUUGGAAGUUUGAAAACUAAGAAAGUUGGGAUUAGAGUUAAAUGUGAUGGGAUUAAGAUUUCUGUUCCUACUGGAAAAUCACCGACUAAAGCUACUACUAAAGAUGUUAAAUGCCACGUGGAUAUUCGGAUCAAGAUCUGGAAAUGGACUUUUUGAGGGCUAUUUUAAUUUUAGGGUGUGAUUUUCCUGUCCACCUUUUUGUUUUGAUUGUUUAAAUCUUUGUUUUUUUUUUUUUUUUUGGUAAAUGGAUGUUUUUUAGGAUAUAGUUCAGUUUGAUUGUUAUAUAUACAUAAUAUAUGCAAAAUCGAAUUUGUUCAGUUAGGAUUUGGAGUUGCAUAUAUUCAUUCUUAUACAGCGUAUUUGUUUGUGGUUAUUUGAUCAUAUGCAUUUCAA